AUGAAAAUCUCCUUGCUGGUCAUCCUGCCCGGACUGCUCAGCCUCGCAUCCGGCGCACCUCCAUGGGAAAGCAAUGCGACUUUGACACACACAAACUGGACACACAAUCCGGGUCUUGCGUCCCCCUCGUACCAUGCACUUGUGGCUAGCGACGACUGCGAAGAUCUUCAAGUACAAGCGGGCGAUUCAUGCGAGUCAAUCGCAGCGGAGUGCAAAAUCUCAAUUUCGCAGCUAGGAGAAUACAACCCAGCAGAGCGACUUUGCGACUCUCUACAGAUCGGCCAACACGUUUGCUGCUCUCAGGGAACACUGCCUACACCAAAGCCGCAAGAUGAUGGAACAUGCGCGACCCAUGUGGUUGAAGAACUUCAACUAUGCGAUGAAAUCGCGCGCAAUUACAGCAUCACAACCGACGACAUCGAGGAUUUCAAUUCGCAGACUUGGGGAUUCAUGGAUUGUGCAAAUCUCCAGGCUUAUCAGGUUAUUUGUAUCAGCUUGGGAGAUCCUCCCAUGCCUGCACCCGAUCCAAAUGCAAUUUGCGGCCCUCGAGUCAAUGGCACGCUGCCUCCUACAGAUGGGUCGGACAUGGCUGACUUGAACCCAUGUCCCGUGGGAGCCUGCUGCAACAUUUGGGGCCAGUGCGGAAUGUCUCAUGAAUUCUGUGAGAUCACCGAUUCGCCUUUCCCGGCGCCUGGUACUGCGGCGCCCGGACUGAACCAGUGCAUCUCAAACUGUGCAAUGCUCAUUGCUGAUGCCAGUCCCGUCCGUAAUCCCCUCACAAUAGGGUAUUAUGAAGGUUUCAGCGUCGAUCGCUCGUGUCUGAUCAUGGAGCCGAAAGACAUACCGACGGAUAGGUACAGCCAUCUGCACUUCGCUUUUGCUAACAUAUCGUCGGAGUUUGAGGCAACCGCUCGGUGGGCCUCGUUCAAAUCAUUGUCUGGUCCCAAGCUUAUUGUCUCCGUUGGCGGCUGGGCGUUCUCGACAUCAGAGGAGACCCACGCAAUAUUUGGCCAAGCGGUAUCGUCCGGACAUCGCCAGACCUUCAUCGAGAGUAUAGUCAGAUUCAUUUCCAAUCAGGGUAUCGAUGGCGUGGACUUCGAUUGGGAGUAUCCAGGAGCGUCGGCUUCUCCCGGGAUUCAUGCAGGAGAUCCUGAGAACGAUGGGCCACGAUACUUGGAGUUUCUGAAAGAGCUGCGGGAGGCUUUGCCUUCUGAUAAGAGCAUAUCCAUUGCGGUUCCGGCCGAGUAUUGGAACUUGAAAGCGUUUCCCGUUGACGAGAUGGCUGAUGUAGUAGACUACAUUGUCUACAUGACGUACGAUAUGCAUGGUCAAUGGGACUAUGGCACCAAGAACUCGGUCUCUGGCUGCGAAAAUGGCGACUGUCUCCGCUCGCAUGUAAACCUGACCGAGACCAUUACAGCACUCUCCAUGAUCGUCAAAGCAGGAGUACCGCAGAGCAAGGUCGUGGUGGGCGUUACGAGUUAUGGUCGAAGCUAUCAGCUGUCAGAGUUUGGAUGUACUGGGGCCGCUUGCACGUACACUGGCCCCGAGUCUAAUGCCACGCCUGGGCGCUGCACAAACACUCCUGGAAUCCUAGCAAACGGCGAAAUCGACGAGAUUCUCGCAGAUAACCCGACAGCAUUGACAUGGUACGAUACGGAUUCGAACUCCGACAUUCUGGUAUAUGAUGCCAUCCAGUGGGUUGCGUUUAUGUCCGAUACCACGAAGACGUCUCGCCGCAACCACUACCUCUCUAUCGGGUAUCUCGGCACUGCAGAUUGGGCUAUCGAUCUC